AUUAAAUUAAAUUAAUUAAUUGAUUACCUAUCUAUGCAUCUGGUGAUGUUUGUGAUCGACUCCUUCAUCAUUCUCUGUUCAAUAUUUCUCCAAGUCAUCAAAAUUCUCGCCGUCAAAUCAAAUCAUAAAUCUCUGCUUCUCCAAUUUGUUGAGAAACAUCACAUUCCGUGUUUGAUCAUCGGACAAUGAAAUAAACCCACUCAAAAAGACAGAAUCAAACUCCUUUUUGUUCUCUUUCUCUUAAACCCAUUAACCAUUUUCGUAUCUGCUACCAACUUCCUGUAAUUUUUCUCGGGAAAAACAAAAAAACAUAAAACCCAAAUCUUUAAGCGAUUUUUUCAUGGCGUUUCUGAUGGAGGUCGAUGAAGAAGAAGAGAUAUGAUUUAGUCGUUCUUCAAAUUGAGAAUCUUGGGGUGGUUGUUUUUUAUUGGUAGUCAUGAUUAUUACCACACACAAAAGAGAUAUAAACUUGUUGGUGCUUCAAUUAGGAGCAGCUCUUGCUGUAUCUUUUGCUGGAUUUCUCUUUGCCCGAUUUAGAAAGAAUACAAAAAGAAUUGGACCUACUUUGCCUCCUCUUCCACCUCACUCUUCUGAUAAUGGAUACAGAGACUAUUCCAACAAAUCCAUUGAUAGACGAGAUGAGGGCACGGAGAAGACGGAUGAAGAGACUUUAAUUGGUGUUUCGCCACGAAGGGAAUGUGAUCUUGAUGAAAAAGAUGUGUUUCUUUUACCGGAGUUUGAAGAGGAAGCUAAAAAGUUAGAUUUGUUGGUUUGUGAUGACUGUGAAACACCGAGGUCAGAUAUAACUGCUCCUUUAGCAUUUCCUAGCGAAGAGGAAGCUGAUCAUGAGAAUGAGAUUAACCGGUUGAGAAACACGGUGAGAGCGCUCCGUGAGAGAGAGAGGUGUCUUGAGGAUAAGUUGUUAGAAUACUACAGCCUUAAGGAGCAGCAAAAGAUUGCAAUGGAACUGAGAAGUAGAUUGAAGCUAAACCAGAUGGAGACUAAAGUUUUCAAUUUUAAGAUCAAGAAGUUGCAAGCAGAGAACGAAAAACUUAAGGCUGAAUGUUUUGAGCAUUCUAAAGUUUUGUUGGAGCUGGAUAUGGCUAAGUCUCAGGUUCAAGUGCUUAAGAAGAAACUGAACAUCAAUACUCAACAACACGUAGCGCAGAUCUUGUCGCUUAAACAACGAGUGGCGAGGCUGCAAGAAGAAGAAAUCAAGGCUGUGUUACCUGAUCUUGAAGCUGAUAAGAUGAUGCAGAGGUUAAGGGAUUUGGAAAGUGAGAUCAACGAGCUUACGGAUACUAACACGAGAUUACAGUUUGAGAAUUUUGAGCUUUCUGAGAAGCUGGAGUCUGUUCAAAUCAUAGCAAAUUCAAAACUGGAGGAACCAGAGGAGAUUGAGACAUUACGCGAAGAUUGUAACCGAUUGAGGAGUGAAAAUGAAGAGUUAAAGAAGGAUGUCGAGCAGCUUCAAGGGGAUCGAUGUACUGACCUCGAGCAGCUCGUUUAUCUCAGAUGGAUAAAUGCUUGCUUAAGAUAUGAGCUAAGGACUUACCAGCCUCCUGCUGGUAAAACUGUUGCUAGGGAUCUUAGUACUACUCUAAGUCCUACUUCAGAGGAGAAAGCAAAGCAACUGAUCCUCGAAUACGCACAUAGCGAAGAUAACACUGAUUAUGAUCGAUGGUCAUCUUCGCAGGAAGAGUCAUCAAUGAUCACUGACUCAAUGUUUUUAGAUGAUUCUUCUGUUGACACUUUGUUUGCAACUAAAACAAAAAAGACAGGAAAGAAGAAGCUGAUGCAUAAGUUAAUGAAGAUCUUACAUGGUAAAGAUACUAAAGACAGCAAGAAGAGAGCUGGUUCAUCGGAACCGAGCAGCUCAAACACUGGUGUUCAUUCAACUCCUAGGCAGCUUAGAUCAACACAUUCAAUGGACUUCCAAAUGUUGAUGCGUGGCAAAGACGAGGAAGAAGACUUCAAGAAUCACAUUGUGAUGCUGCGUCGUAAGAGUGAAGCAGCAGGUUCUUCCACUUAUGGAGAAGAACACUGUUUGGAAACAGAUCAAAACGGGAAGAAAGAGCUGAUUAAAUUAGCAGAUGCGCUUACGAAAUCUCGUUCUACAAAGAAACUGCAUAAGAAAUCUGUGUCCUUCUUUUUCUGAAAGUAAGUAGAAACACUAACUUACUUGUUACUGUAACACGCAUCGCCUAAAGCUACAUGUAUGUGUAUAUAGAUAUAGCUUAAAGUUUGUAAAUUUGUGAAUCAAAACAUAAGAAAAGAGUGGAGAGAAUCUGAUAUGAAGCUUGAGAGAAAUGAGUAACGCUUGGUGAGGAGCAUUGAAACUUAAUUUAUGACAUGUUAUUGUAGAUGUCGAAAGACACUCGCGUUUAUCCAAACAUAGGAGACAUGAUACAUUACAG